UCAUGCUUCAAGACAGCGGUUCACUACAGGCUUCCUGGCCCACGGAUCAACUGUUUUGAUCCGAUCUGGCCUUGUGACAAAGGAAGACUUUCUGCGCACAAAGAUUUUUAAAGAAUAUUCUGAGACUGACUGCCGGCGGAGCUGAACUCACCAAGCAGGUGAUUCACUGAGCUCGAACUGAGGCUGGAUAUACGCGCUCGGACGAUGCUUGCAAUCAGUGGAGGAAUAUAUUUAUUACAAUCACUUGAACGGUAAAAUUAAGUCGGUGUGGAUUUGUUCUGUUGAGACGCCUUCUGAAACAUCACACAGCGCCGGUCAUUAAUUUUUCAAAGCUUUGCGAACGAUCGUUUUUUUUUCUUUUUUUUUUUUGGUUGUCUUUUUUCAGAGCAGCGCUCUGGGGGAGCGCAGCACCUUGAAGUGGACCUUCUGUUGUUUGCCAAAGUGCUUUAGUUGUCCAACUCUUUUUUUUAAGUUCAGAAAAGUGCACCUCCCGAUCAGGACAAGGCUUAAAUGUUCGGGAUCCAGGAGCAUCUGAUACGAGAAGUGAGCGGAUUAAAAGAGAGAAGUCUUGGAGAGGAGAUGGAUCCAGUCCGGUCAUGGGUGCGCAAUGUCGGGGUUGUGGAUGCGAACGUAGCGGCACAAAGUGGAGUAGCUCUGUCGAGAGCACAUUUCGAGAAGCAGCCGCCCUCGAAUCUCCGCAAGUCCAACUUCUUCCACUUUGUCCUGGCGCUCUACGACAGACAUGGCCAACCUGUGGAGGUGGAGAGGACUGCGUUUGUAGACUUUGUCGAGCAUGACAAGGAGCAGACAGGAGAAAAGACCAACAACGGCACGCACUACAAGCUCCAGCUCCUCUACAGCAACGGGGUUCGCACCGAACAAGAUCUAUACGCAAGACUUAUCGACUCUGUCACCAAACAGCCCAUAUCGUAUGAGGGACAAAACAAGAAUCCAGAAAUGUGCAGAGUUCUGCUCACGCACGAGGUUAUGUGCAGCCGCUGUUGCGAGAAGAAGAGCUGCGGCAACAGGAACGAGACGCCCUCUGAUCCAGUCAUCAUUGACAGGUUUUUCUUGAAGUUCUUCCUGAAAUGCAACCAGAAUUGUCUGAAGACGGCGGGAAACCCGAGGGACAUGAGAAGAUUUCAGGUGGUCUUGUCCAGCACCGUGAGUGUAGACGGCCACGUCCUAGCCGUGUCUGACAACAUGUUUGUCCAUAACAACUCAAAGCACGGCCGGAGAGCCCGCAGACUGGAGCCGGGGGAGUCUGUGGAGAACAGCAUGGAGUACGCUACCCCAUGUAUCAAAGCCAUCAGUCCCAGCGAAGGCUGGACCACCGGCGGGGCCAUGGUCAUAGUCAUCGGGGAGAACUUUUUUGACGGGCUGCAGGUGGUGUUUGGAAGCAUGCUCGUGUGGAGUGAGCUGAUAACACCACACGCUAUCCGCGUCCAGACACCUCCUCGUCAUAUUCCUGGGGUUGUGGAGGUCACACUUUCUUACAAAUCGAAACAGUUCUGCAAGGGAGCGCCUGGUCGCUUCAUCUAUACAGCCCUUAAUGAGCCAACUAUAGACUAUGGCUUUCAGCGUCUUCAGAAGGUAAUUCCUAGACAUCCUGGUGAUCCAGAGAAACUGGCCAAGGAGAUCCUUCUGAAAAGAGCGGCAGAUCUUGUGGAAGCUCUGUAUGGGAAUCCGCACAGUAAUCAGGACAUGUUGCUGAAACGUGCAGCUGACAUUGCUGAGGCCCUCUACAGUGUUCCUCGUCCUCACAGUCAGCUGCAGGCUUUGCCAAGCUCACCCGCCCACGGCAGUGUCAUGGGCCUGGGCUCGUAUCCCUCCCAAUUAGGUGUGAGCAUCGGAGAUCCAGGACAGAGCAGCCAAGGUUACAUUCGUAACUCCAGCAGCUUGUCUCCAAGGGGUUACCCAUCAGCCUCAACUCCCCAGCAGUCAGGCUAUGGUGGCAGCGGGGGAAUGACCGGAGGUUAUGGGACUGUUCCUAUGACUAGUCUAGGAGUUCCUGGAUCUCCUGGUUUCAGCAGUGCCUCCCCGACAGGCUCCCCUUACAUAAUGCCCUCCAGCCCCACUAUACCAGGAAGCUCCAGCUCCUCAUCGUCUCUCCUGCCUUUUUCCUCCUUCCCGUCAGCUGCUAAACAGAAGAGUGCUUUUGCUCCUGUCCUCAGGCCCCAGGGCUCUCCCUCCCCUGCCUGUCCCGCCUCAGGGGGGAACAGCUUCAGAGGUAGUCAUCCAACUCACUAUCUGACCCCCCUGUCUGAACUUACCAAUGCAGUCUAAUUCCUUGUUACUAACUAACUCCAAAGCUUUGACUGAGCAAGACAGAAAACAGUUGCUGGAUGUACAAUAAUGCAAGACCUGAUUGAGUGGAAUCAUAGAUUCUGUAUAUUUUGUCUCUCCAGCGAUGACGGGCCUGGUUGUACCCCAGAUGUAGCAAAGCACCCACCCCAAUCUACCCCAGACCACUGCUUCACUUAGCCUCUCUUUUGGCACUGAGAGGGCAGGGAGAACGGAAAAUUGAUCUUUAGCGACCAUGUGUAACUUUCCUCCCUGACCGCCCCCCUCCCCACCCCCACAACUUCUGCCAUUUCUUAGUUCCUUUUUCAUCCUGUCGGAUGAACAGGACGGGGUACGAAAAUGUCCAAAGAGCAGCCUUCUCUUCAGAUGCAGAGGAGAAUACUCCACCCACAGCCACAGACAGACCAUGCUCCUUAGCAAACAGCACCAGACUGGACAGUGUAGCGCUGCGCGUGUAAUGAAGCAUCUGAAAGGAAAACUGGUUCCAAUUUCACGUCAAGCUUCAAAAGCAUCCGCAUUGACCCCUGGCCUACAGUCACAUGCAGUAGUCAGUUCUUCCAGCCUGCCCAAACCCUAGGCCAGAGACUCACAGGAUGCGCUGUGAAAGCACUGAGCGUUGACGGAUGACGGACGACUCUGAUAAAAUGUCGCAGCUCUAAAAAGCAGGGUCCUGUUUUUGUCUGUGUAUGGACACCUUAAAUGGCAUGUGUGUACAAUGUCUGUGAGUUAGAGAGAGGUUUUUGUUUUUGUAGUAGACUGUUUGAAGACGAUUUACAUUCCAGAAAAAUAGACCCUUUAUUUUUUGUUCUGGUCUCUACGGUUUUUCAAGGGAGAACUCUUUGUCUCAAGGGUUAUUACUAAAGGAAUUCAUAUAUUGAUUUAUUUAAGAACAAGCAAUUUAACUUAUUAUAGUUAGUUUAGGGAAUAAUAUAAAUGUGUUUUUAUAAAGUGGUCUUUUUUUCCCCAGCUGAAAUGAAGUUAUCUCAGCGACUGCUAAUUGAUUUGAUAAAUGAUCAUAGAGAAUGGAUUUUGCAGUGGAUAAAUUCAGUUAUUUGGUAUAAAACAUCACCAGUUUGCAGGUAUAACUUGCAUAACCAAAUGUAUGUGUUAUGCUCAUAGUUAAAGAAGGUUAUUGUCCUUGUGUAAAGGAAAAUGUUAGUUAGCCUUAUCCUUUUAAUUUAAUGCAUGCCUUGUUACACCAAUGCCCUGAUACUUUUUCAUUCCACAUUGCAAAUUUUUAUGACUUAUAGAUUUUACUCUUUCAUUUUAAAUGUCUUAAUCCAGUACAGGUCUUUAGUCUCUAUGCAGUACCGUAAAUAAAAGCACAACUGCUGAAAGGAAAGGAACCAGGUGUAUUUGGUGUAUAUUAACCCCUGUUUUUGCCACUAUUACUGAUUUUCUUCAUCACAACAGAAGCUGCAUUUCUCAGGACAUGAAAACAAAGAACACAAAAAGCAGAGGAUGUUUGCAAAUUUGUUUUUAGAGUUUGGUUAAUUUUAUUUAUUUAAAAAAUUAUUAGCAAUUUAAUAAUAUGUUUUUUUUUGAGCCAUCUUUCUUUGAAACAAUACAAAAAAGGGUGCAAAUGUUGAUUUGUAUAUUUCAAGGUGUAAUUAUAUUUUGUGCUCCAAAUAAAACAAAUAAGACAAAGGAA